CGCUGCAGUGAACGAGUUCCUCUGUUCUGUGAUGUUUAGGGGGUCCAGUCCGGUCCAGCCACACAGACCUGCGUCUUGAAGAGCAGGAAAAACUUCAGCAGAAACUUGUCUUCUGAUAACGAGCUCUACACAUUGUUCUCCAGAUUCGGAUCAGGAGCGGAGCACUUCUGGAAGCGCGCGAACAUGGACGAUCUAGACGCCUUGCUUGCAGAUCUUGAGUCUUCCACCGCUCAUAUCUCCAAGUGCCCAGUGUUUCUUCCUGAGGAGACCCCAUAUUCCUACCCCAUCGGAGGGCACAUUUUUCAGGAUGACUCCCCUCCUCCGCCCCUGCCCCCUCCACCCACAUCUGAGGCCCUGAAUGGAUCGCUGUCCCCGCGGCCGGACUCCCAGCUCUCCUCACAACAGUCUCUGGGCUCUGCUCAUAAAAGCACGUUGUCUCGGGACAGCAGUCCACCAGCCUCGCAUACAGAAGAAGACCACGUUUACAGUUUUCCUAACAAGCAGAAGCACUCGGACUCGUCGGCUGCAGCCAUGACUUCUGCGCUGGGCAGCAACCUGUCUGAACUGGACCGCCUUCUUCUGGAACUCAACGCUGUACAGCAAAAUGCCCCAUCUUACUCCACUACAGAAGAUGUUGCACCUCCAUUGCCCCCCUGCAGUGUUGCCCACUAUAUCCAGGAAAAUGGAGCCCACCCAGGCAUCACACUGACACCAGCAGCCCAGGACAAGCCUCAGAGGAAUGAAACAAAGGGGACAGAUGAUGGCCGUCCCACUGUGGAAAGUCUUCUGAAUGAGUUGGAGAGCUCUGUGCCUUCCCCAAUGCCAAGUCCCUGUGCUCUAUCAAGUGAAUUGACAGACGGGCAGGUGGACACACCUUCCGACCAGCAAGGCAGAAUAUCAGCCACCUCCGCUACACGAGAACUGGAUGAGCUCAUGGCCUGCUUGUCCGAUUUUAAGGUGCAGAGCAAUCCAAGUUCUUUGGGCUCCCUGAACUCUGAGUCAAUGUUUGAGCAAACUACUACCAUUGCUGAAAUCCACCCACCUCCUACGACUGCCGUGUCCAAAUCCCUGUCCCCUACCCUCCCAGGGGAAUCAAGACGAUAUUCCCCAGGUCUCUCCUCUCCUUUAAACUUUGAACUGCACAUUGUGGAGUUUGAACCGGGGGCUGUGCCUCCACCAUCCAAAGUUGUCCCAAAGCCUUCCUCUCGACUUUCUUCACCUGUAGCAUCCAGUCCUCAUUGUUCUCCAGUAUCUGACUUGGGCUUGGAUUCUUCCAUUGAUGUCUCUGCUUCCCUGCUGUCCUCCCAGGUGGAAUCUCUAGCUGUUCUGUCUCAGACAAUAACCACCACUACCACACCUGGAAGAGGAGACCUUUGUAGUCUCUGGGAGGGAAGUCCUUCUGCCAGAUUGACAAGCUCUGAACUGAAGGCCUAUUCACCUAUAACCAAGUCUCCUAGUCCAACAAGUGCCCCAGUGGUCAGCAGAACCAAUGAAAGAAUUAGCCCAUUGAUGACACCAGCAUCAAUUGAUCUGUAUCUCUCCAACUCUGAAGCAAAACCUAUAAAUCCAAUCCCAUCUCUUUCCAGAUCUCCACUUCCUGCAGUAUCCAAAUCACCAUCUCUGUCUCUUCCCAAAGCUGUAUCACCCCCUCUGAUCCUAUCCUCUUCCUCGUCUGUAGUGGUUCCCAAGUCUCCAAUCCCAAAACCAUUAUCAGGACAGCCUCUCACUGGAUUUCAACCACCAACCUAUGAGCCAUCUCUUGAUGAUGCCUUGGAUAAACUCCUUGCUAUGAGCUUCAGCAGGCCUGAGAAUGAGGCUCCAAUCACCACAUCGGUGGCCUCACGACUCACUUUGGAAGUACAACCAGAAGUCUACGAGGAGACAAUAGUAGCAGCGGAUCGCAUGAACAUUCAUCCUGACACCUUUACAGAGAGCGAAAUGGGGGAUGGGCUCUUGGAGGAUCAGUCGGACUGCAGGAGUGAUCUUGACUGGGCUGACAUGGAACUGAAGAUGGCUUACGAAGGACCUGAUGGCUCCAUGACCCCCAUGACCGAGGCAAGCUGGAUGGAUGAAUCUCUUACGCCAUCAUCUUGCCCUGGAACCCCAGAUGCCCAGAUGGACCUUCCAAUGCUGCAUACAGCUGGCACAAUGGACAGGAUCUCAGCCUCUGGACACAUCAAAUCUGUGAUUAAACGUACCAAGGAGAUCCAAAACGUCCAUCCCAUGUACCGAGACGGCCUGAUACGUAGGAAGAUGGGCCCUCUCAUUUUCCACAAGAGUAACUCCCAGGACCGGCUUAUUGAGGAACUGCAAGGCAAGCUGGGAAUUGCCCGUAAGGAUCGUCCAAAAAAGCAACAGCCAGAUGACUGGCUCACAGAAGGCGUCAUUGUCAUGUCCAACCCCAAACGCUCACGGGAAGACCACAACAGGGAUGUGGAUAAGAUAAUCAUACCUCCUGAGUCUCCUCUCCCUCAGAGGAAGGUGAUCCCACCUCCCCAGUCUCCCCCAAUCCCUCGCCCCCCUCCCCCUGCUGAAGAACCAAAGCGCCCCCCUCCGGUCAAAUUAGUUCCUGCCCCUAUGCCUCCACCCCCACCACCUGCCCCCAUCCCACCUCCUAGAGAGCCGACACCACCUCCCCAGCCAACUCCACCUCCAGUUCCACCCAAGCCCCCGACCCCUGAACCUGUGGAAGUUCCUGCUCCCUCCCCAAAGCCCAGCCCUCCACCACAACCCACACCCACCCCACCACCUGCCCCUAUAGCCCCGCCAAAAGUGCUGAUGUCAGUUGGCUGCCAGACGGAGUAUGACCCACUCUUCCCUCCGCUGCAGAUUAUGGCCCAGGGGAAGGGUCCACAACCACAGGUUAAUAAACUGGACAACAUGCUGGGCAGUCUUCAGUCUGACCUCCACAAGCUGGGAGUGCAGACGGUUGCUAAGGGAGUGUGUGGCGCCUGCUGCAAACCUAUUGUUGGACAGGUGGUAACUGCCAUGGGGCGCACAUGGCAUCCAGAGCAUUUUGUGUGCACACACUGCCAGGAGGAGAUUGGUUCCAGAAACUUCUUUGAGAGGGAAGGACAGCCAUACUGUGAGAGAGAUUACCAUCAUUUAUUCUCUCCACGCUGCUAUUACUGUAACGGGCCCAUACUGGAUAAAGUGGUGACUGCGUUAGACAGGACGUGGCAUCCUGAGCACUUUUUCUGUGCCCAGUGUGGGGCGUUCUUUGGCCCUGAAGGAUUUCAUGAGAAGGAUGGAAAGGCGUUCUGUCGUAAAGACUACUUCGAUCUGUUUGCUCCUAAAUGUGGAGGCUGUGCCCGUGCCAUCCUGGAGAAUUACAUCUCUGCCCUGAGCGCCCUCUGGCAUCCUGAGUGUUUUGUGUGCAGGGAGUGCUUCACACCCUUCAUCAACGGCAGUUUCUUCGAGCACGACGGUCAGCCGUACUGCGAGGUUCAUUAUCACGUGCGCCGCGGGUCGCUGUGUUCCGGCUGUCAGAAACCCAUCACGGGCCGCUGCAUCACAGCCAUGGGCAAGAAGUUUCAUCCUGAGCAUUUUGUCUGUGCCUUCUGCCUUAAGCAGCUCAAUAAGGGCACCUUCAAAGAGCAGAACGACAAGCCUUACUGUCAGGGCUGCUUCAUCAAGCUCUUCAGCUAGAAAGAUGUCUGUCUGACUGACUGUGUGUGUGUGUGUGUGUGUGUGUGUGUGUGUGUGUGUGUGUUAUUCAGGUUCAUGUGUCUGACUCUCGACAUCCCCACAUGAUGUAUCUGGUCAGGUUAAAACAAUAGUGCCAUGAAACGUGCUCCCAAAAGCCAGGUUGUUUUAGAGGGUAUUAGAGGAAGGGUCAGCUGAGACUGUAGAGGGGUUUUUUUUUUGAGAAAGUGUGUGAAUGUUUUCUGCUUACUAGAUGAGCUGGAGAGAAACCGUUUGAUGAUGAGAACAGUUCAGGAAGGAUGAUGGGAAUACGUUUGAGACACAAUCAACAGAAGGAAGCGAAACAUCAGAUAAUUCAAUGACUGGAAAUCAAACGAAUAACCAACUGGUGCCAAUAAUUAGUGGAGAAUCUCAUGAGACAAUGUCCAGGUCAUAUAUUAAUCUGAAACCAAGGGAAAGAUAAGAAAUCCUAUUUUGCAUGAAAACAUUUAAGCCAGUUUAAGAAUAUUAAAUAUUUUUUUGCAUUGUGCCAUUAUUUUCAGAAAAAAAUAAAACUU